AUGAUCAUCGGAGGCUUCACAGGCCUGCUCUUGCUGGUCGCUUGCGUCCUGCUCAUCUUGGCGAGUGUGUCCACGCCCAUAAUCAACUCACUCACCCUCAUGACGGUCAACGACCCCAUCUUUGGCCAGCUCGGCGCGUUUGGCUACUGCAUCAACGCCAGGUGCUCAAGCUCAAAGCUUGGGUAUGACCUGACCUCGGUUGUCAACCAGCUCUCGCGCGGCCAGUCGACCAGGGGUACCGGCGUCAUGGACGACAUCGGGGACAGCGCCGCCAAGUCCCUCACCGCCGUCACCAAGGGCUUUAUCCUCCACCCCAUUGCCGCUGCCUUUGCGUUCCUCGCGAUGAUCACGGCCUGUGCCGCUGACAAGAUUGGCUACCUCUUUGCGUCGUUCCUAGCCCUGCUCGCCUUCCUCUCGUCUCUUGCCGCGAUGCUCAUCGACUUUGUCGCGUUCGCCAUGGUCAAGAACCACGUUGGUGACGCCGGCGGCCACGCCAAGUACGGCACUGGCACAUGGCUCACUCUCGUCGCCACCAUCCUGCUCCUCGUUGCGAUGCUCACUUCCCUCGUGUCGUGCUGCUGCGGCCGCUCGAGCAAGCACAAGCGCCGCGAGCAGGAGCUUCGCGAGCAGAGCGCGCUUCACGGUGGGACCGAGAAGCCGCGCCGCUUCUGGCAGCGCGCUCCCAAGCACGACCCCCACUACACUUCCGAGUACGACCCCCACGCCCCCAAUGCCGUUGGUGUGCCCCCGCGCCGCCACUUCUGGAGCCGCAAGGCCACGACCAUGCACGAUGAGCCUGUCGUGUAA